UCUAGUGCUUAUAUAUGGGGGCAACUAACUAUACUGUGCAAUUAAUGAAUAAAAAUCUAAUAAUAAAUAAGUGAAAUCAUCUCGUGUCUGUGCAAGCUGCAGCAUUGCAUUGCAUGUCAGUGUGGAAACGUGAGCAGAAAGACGAAUACAAACUGCAGGGUCUAAGCCACUGUAGCAGAAACAACCUAUUGAUUUAAAGGGGAAAAUACACCAUCAUCAUCAUCACCAUCAUCAUCAUCACCUCCAUACAAUACAGCACCAGCAUCGAGGAGCUGCCUGGAGUUUAUCUGGUCAGCGUUCAAGAGAAUCCAUAAUGAUGCCUGCACGAGAAGCUACCAAGAAGAAACCACCUAAGGACAGCUUAACUUUAUUACCCUGUUUCUAUUUUGUAGAGCUGCCUAUCGUGGCUUCCUCUAUGGUCUCUUUGUACUUCCUGGAGUUGACUGAUGUUCUGCAGCCAGCGCAGGUGGGUUUUCGCUGUCAUGAUCGCUCGCUCAGCAUGCCCUACGUGGAGAGCGGAGAGGAACUUAUCCCUCUACUUAUGCUGCUGAGUCUCGCCUUCGCUGGUCCCGCUGCUUCCAUUAUGAUUGGAGAGGGUAUUGUGUAUUGCAUGCAGUCCAGACUCAAGAUAGUGUCUGGGAAUGAAGGAAGCAUCAAUGCUGGUGGAUGUAAUUUCAACUCUUUCCUCCGGAGAACUGUACGUUUUGUUGGUGUUCAUGUGUUUGGUCUUUGUGCCACGGCACUUGUCACUGACGUAAUCCAAAUUGCCACCGGCUACCACACACCUUUCUUUCUGACUGUAUGCAAGCCCAAUUACACCCUUCCUGGAGUCUCCUGUGACAAAAAUCCCUACAUCACUAAAGACAUCUGCUCUGGUCAUGACCAGCAUGCCAUUCUCUCAGCCAGGAAAACCUUCCCUUCCCAGCAUGCAACUCUUUCUUCCUUUGCUGCUGUUUAUAUUUCAAUGUACUUCAACUCUACUAUCUCAGACAACACCAAGCUGCUGAAACCUGUCUUGGUUUUUGCCUUUGCCAUUGCUGCUGCCCUGACCGGUCUCACUCAGAUCACACAGUACCGCAGCCACCCCAUUGACGUCUAUGUGGGUUUUUGCAUCGGUGCUGGCAUCGCAGUGUAUCUGGCAUUCUAUGCUGUUUCUAACUUCAAACCAGCACAGGAUUCCAUUCCUGUUCCUGCCCCACCCCCUCCAAAGGAUGCCCUGCGAGCCCUUGCACAGAGAGGCCACGACUCGGUUUACAAUAAAGGCCAUGCCUCUGAGAGUAAUGAAGAGAUUACAUCACCGUCUUCCUUGGAUGGUUUGAACCGCCCCAUCCAGCGUGAAAAGGCAUCAUUAGGUAGCCUGAAACGGGCCAGUGUAGAUGUAGAGCUUCUUGCCCCCCGGAGCCCUAUGGGUAAGGAGACUAUGGUGACAUUCAGCAACACUUUACCACGAGCUACAGCUGCAGGCCCUGAGGAGCCCACAAGGCGUUUGGUAACAGUGCCUGUGCCUGUGGACCCAAUGCGAUCACAUCAGCUUGUCUCUGAAUGGAAGCAGAAGUCCUUGGAGAUGCGCAGUGCUAGUCUACAGAGUGAUGAGGGUAGCAAGGAGGACUCAGACCUAGGUGAGGAUACCACUGAAGAAGAGAGUGCACCAUCCACAUUAUACAGUGCCACUGUGCCACAAUCUGCCAAGCCAGCCAAUGCACCCACGGGAGCAAGGGUAGUUAUGCCUCCCAAGCCGCCAGUUCCUCCUCCAGUGUCUCCAAAGAGUGCAAGCACCCGUGCUAAAUGGCUGUCCAUCACAGAGAAGAGUGGGGCCAAUAUACCAGGUGCACUAAGGGCGAUGAACCAACCUCGCAUCAUGCAGGUCAUUGCCAUGUCCAAGCAACAGGGUCUGCUAUCCAGCACCAAAUCCUCUGAGGCAUCAUCCUCCUCUGCCACUUCCUCUAUCACAGGCACCGAGUCACCCCCCUAUCGGCCACCAUCUGAUCGUGACAGUGGCUCUGGCAUCAUCACAGUGGAUGCGCAUGCCUCUCACCACCCUGUAGUCCACAUGGUCUCCAACCCUGCCAAUCCCUGGGAAUGGAGGGGAUCCUCAAAUGGGAACAUGUCCGAGUCAUAUGAACUCAAUGACCUGAACCGCGAGGGCUCUAGAGGAUAUCGUCAGGUGAAGAACAGCUCACCAUGCUCUUCGAUUGGUGAGGCUGACCUAGACUUCCAUAAGCCUCUUCAAACCCCUCAGCCACCGCAACCUCCCCAGCUUCCCAAGCUUGAUCAAAACAUGGAGGGACGCAGUCUGCGCUGCAAAACUCCUCUGGUGCUUAUUGAUCGGGAGAACCCUCAGAACCAUCAGGAAAACUUUUACAGAAAGCUGCAGAGUGGAAGACGGUUCAAAGAGUGACAAGGCACAGCAUCUAGGAUCUCAAAUGAUGCAGGUUGGACACGUAUCACUAUGCAUCACUCAGACUCUCAUUCUCAUUUUUUUUGCAUUUUUUAGUGUUGAUGAGAUUAGUGAGGGUAAAUACCUGCAUGAUUUAAUGAGAUACAUAUCCAGAAAAUGCUGCUUCAGCCAAUACAACAAGCACAAUAUUUUUGGUCAUAUCUCUGGACUUCUCUGGAAUGGCACCAAAAUCUAAUGAAGAACAUAUACUCUAUAUACAAUAUUUAUCAGAUUUUCAGAUUUAAAAAACAAAACAAAAACAAAGGUUGAUUGCAAGGUUGCUGUUUUGUAUUGUGGCCUUUUAUCUGUGACUUGAUUUUAUGCACAUUUGUCUGUGCCUAUGAUGUCAAGUGGAUUUCAUCUAUUUAUGUCUUUUAAUGUGGUACUUUCUUAGAAUAUAUUGCCUUGGGGAUAAUAAUACUCUAAGAUAAAUUUUAAUGGAGUUCAAAUUGAUCAACAUUAUCCUCAUGCCGGAAAGAACUCGUCUUAUUUUGCUUAAAGAAUUACUGCACUCAAAAAUGCUCGGCUUGUAACAGUUCUCCCAAUCGCACUUAGCAUUUUUCAGUGUAGUACAGUCAUAGGAAAUAUAACAUAUUUUGACACAUGGAACUUACAAGCACAUGGGCUUGGAUUCUGACUGUAUUUAAUGCACACAUUAUAAAUUUCAUAUAACAAGUUCCAAGUCUGAAUGCGCUACAUUUCCCUGCAUAAGUCUUCUUGAAAAAGUAUAAUUUUAUUGCUAUUUUCAAUAAAGAAAUGAAUUUUUUUUCUGAGCACUUAAAAACAAAGCACAGGGAAGUGAGGGGGAUUGUUUAAAGCAUUUAGUGUAUUCAUAAUUUGUUUAAAUUUUUCUCCGUUAAUGAAAAGCGUGUGGCUUUUGCUCACUUGCCGAUGGACUACUGCAUGUUAUGUUAGUGGUUGUAUCCGUUGGAAGUUCAGAUUUGUCACAGUGAUGAAUUAAAUUUUAUCAGUGAUUGUCUUUGCGCCGUGUGGCAAAUGAAGCACAAUGGACGUUCAAUGUUUAGACAUGUGAAGAUAAAAUCUAAUUUUCAUAUUGCGAUAAUAUUGACAAACCUUUCAGCACAGUUGGAAAACUAUGAUAUCAGCAUGAGAUUGUAUUAAAAUUAUAUGUAUUCAAAGAUAUUUUUAUUGUUCU